AUGAGUAAUGAGCAACAAAAAGUAUCGGAGUUGAGCGUUGCAAAUCUCAAAGCAAUUAUAAAGGAGUGCAAUGAAGAAGUAUUGGGAAGUAUUGCGAAACUCUCAGAAGAUGUCAAAGAGCUAAAAUCGCAAAACGAAGCGUUAGUCCAUGAGAUGGAACUUUUGAAGGAGGAAAACAAUCUAUUGAAAAGGCGAUUAAACGACUUGGAAUCCCAAAUUAAAGGCAAAAAUUUGGUGUUUAGAGGAAUUGCAGCUGGGCAAGCGAACAAAAUUGAAAUCCAAAAACUAUGUUCUACUGUGUUACAGGUAGAAAAGACCGUUAAAUCGGUGAAAACUCUAUACCAAAAGGAGAGAAUGACCGCAGUCUUGGUGGAAUUUGAAUCGGAAAACGAUGUUGAGGAUGUUAUAAGCAAAACCAGGAAUCUGAGGGGCACAAAUAUAUAUGUAGAACGUGAUUUGAACGCAGAAAGAAGAAGAGACAAAAUAAUUAUGCUGCAGCUAAGAAAACAGUUAAUGGAGUUUAGCAAGGCACAUCAAAUUAAAAUUCGAGAUGACAAGCUAAGAGUUGGAAGAAUCGAAGAGACAAGUAUAAUUAUAGCAGGGGACACAAAUGCUAGAAUUGGUAUGCAGCAACAACAGCUUCAAGACGCUUUGGCGACAGAAUUUUCGGCGGGUUUGGAGACAAGGAGAUCUAAGGAUCCAAUUUUGAAUUCAAAAGGCAAAAGAUUUCUAGAAUUUUGUGACGAUAAUGGACUCAUUGUACUGAAUGGAAGAACACUUGGGGAUGAGGAUGGAAAUUUUACUUAUAUCAGUACAAUUGGAUCUUCUGUUAAUGACAUUGCUUCGGUAUCACUGGAUAUACUUAAGAACAUACACAAAUUCGGCAUUGAGGAAAAAAUAUGGUCUGAUCACUUACCACUGUAUAUUGAAAUGAAUGUUAAACAAAACCAAAAAACAAUAAAACCAUUGAGCCUUUUGCCAAAGUUGAAAUGGAAGGACCACGAAAAAGACCGAUAUCAAGGAAAUUUGAAUAGAUGUUUGUUGGAUGCUGGAAGAAGUAUAAACAAUUUAACCGAUCUUGUAAAUAUAGUAAAAAAUUCAGUCCCAGCUCCAAAAAAACAGUACAUUUUAAAAUACAAAAGCAAGUGGUUUAAUUAUGAGUGUGAGAAGGCAAGAAGUAGAUCCUUUGAAUGUCUCAAAAACUUUAGAAGAACAGAUACACUGGAGGAUAGGAGAAUAUAUUUGAAUGCUGUAAAAUCAUAUAAAGACAUCUGCAAUCGGAGUAAAAUUGAAUUUAUCAAAGAUCUGGAACAAAAACUAAGCCGAGCAUCUGAUCCCAAGGAAUGGUGGAAGAUUGCUAGACAAAUAAGAGGUCAAAACUUUAAAAUAAGUACAAGCAUAUCAUCAGACGAUUUCAAAACAUAUUUUAGCGCUCUUUUAAACCAACCACUUACUGCAAAUGAUAUUCAGUACGCUAUAUUUCAUCAGACCGAUCAAGAUUUGGACCGAGAUAUUGAUGUAGCGGAAAUACGCAGCAUCUUAAAAAACACGAAAUAUAACAAAGCCCCAGGUAUAGAUAGAGUGCCGUACGAAUUCUACAAGAAUGCAUCAAACGAGUUUUUAGAAGAAAUGGCAAGAAUAUAUAAUAAAGUGUUUAACACUGGGCAAGUAGAUGAUAUUCUAAACGAAACGGUCAUAUUCCCAAUACACAAGAAGGGAAAUACUGAGACACCAGGCAACUACAGGGGAAUAUCGUUUAUGAACACUAUGGCAAAGGUACUGAUGGGAGUCUUAAAUGCAAGAAUUUCGAAAUGGUCUAUAAAAAACAAUGUACUGAACGAGUAUCAAGCUGGAUUCAGAGCAGGCUAUUCAACAGUGGACAAUAUAUUCAAUCUGUCGUCUAUAGUCCAGCUGAAAUUGGCAGAGAAGAAAAAGGGUAUCAAGAAACCUUUUGAUAUAUAA